AACACACAGUCAGCACAUGCUCAAUACAAACAUGUAUACACACUGUCACAGAGCAAACAAAUCAUCUGCUACUACACACCAAUUUAAUCUCAAUAUAAGCAGCUACAGUAAAUCAGGAAAAGAUGGGAGGAUGUAUUAUACAUUCUGUGCAACUAUCACUGGUUAAACAGGAAGUGUGUCCUUGGGAAAUGUCUUGUUUAUGCAGGUGUUUUCACAGCAGUCAUUUAAUAUAAUAGCAUCCCAAUGUAUUAUGUUAAAUGUUAAGAGCAAAGUUAACCAAAAAAAAAAAAAAAUCCUUAAUUUACAGAAUUUUGAAAACACUGAUGAUCACUUUAUGAAAACAAUAAAAUGCUUUCCUUCAUUUUAAGAGAUAAAAAAAAUAUGGUGCUAUAUUUGGUCUGUUAUGUUUCCCUACUUUAGAAACAUUCCAACAGUAAUAGGCAAGGCAUGAAGAAGUGAAAAUAGACCAGAAGAGAGAUGUGAAUGCAAAUAGAAGGGAAGGAAUUAGAGAGUCAAAGUGUCAUCAAAUACACAAUUCAAGGAAUGUUUAAAACAUAGUGUAAUAGUGUGUCCAGAUCACAAAGCUGCACUGUCUUUUACACAUUUUUAACAGAAUAAAAAGAAAAAGGUAGGAACCCGCAACCUGAUGAUAUCGACUGCGGUGAAAAACAAAAGAUUUAUCAUUCUACCUAUCAUUUGUUGACACUUAUAUGCUGAAAAACAAAAAAGUACCAUUUCCUUUAUUUGAAGGGAUAAGACCUGAAUGAAGUCAAAAAGAAAGAAAGAAAGAAAGAAAGAAAUCUAUUAAAGGUCUGAAGAUACUCAAGUGGUCAGAACACCAAAACAUCACAUAAACAUCCCUGUAUGUUGUUUAAGAACUAUUUGUGGACAAAUGAUUGUAUGUAGUUUGGUCCAUAAAUUGGAACCAUUUGGGGGAAGUCUCACGUCACACAGCAUUUCCUGACAUGCCUGAAACAUGAGCACUGAGCAAUUCUGAAUCCAGACUCCCAUAGCCUUUAACAGGAAACCAUCACGCCCUUUGACGCAGACGUCUAACUUGACGGUUAUCUUAAUAUACAGAUGACUGAUGCUCAGAACAGCACUUGCAGGUCAUGUUUAGUUUGAUGAACAAUACUUUGUAAAAAUUCACUGGAAAAACCUUUCAAGCAUGUGGAGACUAUUUGUGCUGCUGCUAUUACCAUUAUUGUUUGAGGAUACACUUCAAGAUUCAGCAUCAAUAUAUUCCAGCAUCAAUAUGCCAAAACAUUCAAUUCAGCCGAAAACGUUUCCCGGAACAAUAAAGUUCAAUGGUUCCCUGUUCUCCAACACAUCUAUCCAGCAGCCUGUGAUAAACGUCAAUGAUACCGUCAUCAUUUACACCACUGGAGUUGUCAGCACUAGGAUCAUUCCAUCCGCGUACAUCCUAGCCAUCCUCGUCGGGAUCCCCUCUAACGUCUUUGUGUUGGUUUGCCUCAGUGGAAAAAAAAAUCUUUCCAGCAGUAUCCUAUAUUUUAGCCUAGCAGUUUCAGACCUUCUCCUGCUACUUUCUCUCACACUCAGAGUCCACUAUCACUUCAAUAACAACAACUGGAUCUUUGGAGAGCUGGCUUGCAAGGUGGUGACUGCCUGCUUUUAUGGUAACAUCUACUGCUCGAUCCAUGCCCACAUGUGUAUUAGUGUGAUGCGCUACCUUGCGGUGGUCCACCCGUUCCUCUACAGGACAAUGUCAAAAAGGUACUGUGCGAUCUGGGCGAGCUUAACCAUUUGGGUGGUUUUAGCUAUUGCGAUGGCACCAGAGUUUCUGGUUCAGCAAAGCUACAGCAUAUCUGGGCAAACGUUGGUGACGUGUCAUGAUAUCCAGCCCUAUAAAGAAGCGCCCUACAAAGCUUUAAUUCCAUACAGAUUGAGUCUGAUCUGCCUGGGGUUCAUCCUGCCAUCGCUGGUCAUUGCAUUUGUUUACGGAUCCAUCAUCUACCACCUAAAUCGUUCCAGUCGUGACUGGAAGCACUACAUGAAGGCCAGCACGUUGGUGUUUGGGAUCUUUUUAGUGUGUUUUGCUCCAUGUAGUACACUUCUUUUUGCACACUAUGUGAAGCUGUACACUGAGGAGCAGUAUGACUUGUAUUAUUACUACAGAGCAGCCGUAUGUCUGUGUUCCUUCCACAGCUGUCUGGACCCUUUCCUCUCUUAUCUCCUCGCAAAGACUUCAACUUCCCAAGUCAAGUUUAGAUCCUUUAGCUCUAGACCUUUGAAAGCUUUGUCCACUGCCUAAGGCCUUCUAAAUAACAGGAUGUUUUUGUUGAGGACCCCGCAAGGGGGACUUCCUUAUCUAAAAUGGCUUAACAGUGGUUGGACUUCCCACUUUGUACUUUAGUAGAGGCUCAUUACUUUGUACACAAGUGAAAGAAGUUGGAAACUCAAGCUGUAAGCAUAAAACUAAGUCAAGCUGAAUACAAAGUCUUUGAGACCAUGAAAGAACUGUUUAAGUAAUUCAAAUAAGAGAUGUAACCUCUUAGACAUUUCAUUGUUUCAGCGCUGUUAUUCUA